AUGUCUCCAGCUCGUUCUUCCCCGGAGCCUGUCAGAAACAGUCUGAUAGAUGAUGCGAAGGCCCGCUUAAAAGAGCAUGAUGCUGGGACCAGAUACUCUCAUUUGUCGUAUGACAAAUACUCUGUCCUUUUACCGUUGCUGGUGAAAGAAGGAAAACUCCAUUUGUUGUUCACCCUCCGGUCGGAGAAGCUACGCAGGUCUCCUGGAGAAGUUUGCUUUCCUGGAGGCAAGUGUGAACCCACAGAUGUGGAUGAUGUGGCCACGGCUGUCCGGGAAGCCCAGGAGGAAGUGGGGCUGUGCCCCCGUCAGGUGGAGGUCGUCUGCCGCCUGGUGCCGUAUCUGCUUGAGAGAGAUACGCUGAUAACCCCCGUUGUAGGAUUCAUAGACCACAAGUUCCAGGCCCAGCCCAAUCCCGAUGAGGUGAAGAAGGUGUUCCUGGUGCCUCUGGAAUAUUUCCUGCAUCCGCGGGUCUACCACCAGAGUCACAUGACACUUUCUGGCCAUGAUGUUGUUGUUCACUGCUUUGAGUACAGACAUCCUGAAGAUGACAUCACCUACCAGAUCAAGGGAGUAACGGCGAAACUUGCCCUGUUCGUUGCCUUAAUUAUUUUGGGGAAAAAACCCACCUUCGACGUUGAAUUUAAUCUCAGCGAUCUAAUGUCAUCCUCUGAAGAGGUCUUCCUGAAGCGGCAUAAACGUGCUACAAGCAAGUUAUGA